CGAAGAGACGUCUGUGAUUUGGGAAAUCACAGAUGUCGCUUCCCUCCUUUCGCCAGACGUUGGCAAAAUUGCCAAAUAGUUUUUUUUUUUGUGAGUUGUGUGGGAUGUUGCAGCAUUCCCGCAUGAACACCUAGUUUGUGGCUUGGGUGGUCGCUGGGGAGAGGGGCCGCUGUUACGCGCCUUGGGUGUGUCAAUGUACGCAACGGAAGUCCGCUAUCCGGUGGCCGUACUGUGGGAACUCUAUAAAUCAGCGCCGCUAUUCAAGAGGAUGGGAAAAGUUGCUGCCGGGUCCGAGCGCGGUGUCCUGUUGCGUGAUCUCCCGCAGCUUUCCUCUGGAAUCCCACCGUCACUGACUGCUGACCAUCAGCGCUGAGCGCCACAGCCGCGCGCGCCGCGCCGUCUCCAGUCCGCGCCCGAGGAAAACAGCAGGAAUUAACGCUCGUUUUAUAGUUCAAGCCUUUUCUGCACCGGAGUCACCAGAAAUCAUGAACUAUACUCUUAUCUGCAUGCUUUGUGGAUUGUAUGCUGUACUUGCGAGAGAUAAGGAACAAAAGGGGAAGUACAGCGUUCCUGUCCUGAACGUGGAGACUCAGCAGCUGGUCCUGAACGCCAGCGACUCACUACUGCUCAGCUGCAGGGGCCGGUGGGAGGUUGCAUGGCUGUUCCCAUCAGGCCUUGCCAGCGACCAGGUGCAGGUGGAGGAGUUUCGCUGUGGGAGGACAAAGCGGCAGUACUGCAGCCGCGUGACAGUGAGCCACAGCCAGGCUCAGCACACAGGACGGUACCGCUGCCAGUACCGGCACCGACCCAUCAGACACGCCUCGGUUUAUGUCUACGUCGCAGACAGCCAGCAGCCCUUUGCAGUGGGCCCAGGCCGGAGCCCAGAUGUGCUGUGGAUGAAGGAGAGGCAGCCACUGGUCAUUCCCUGCAGGGUCACCCACCCCAGUGUGGUCACCACACUGGUCAAGUUCCCCAACCAGAGAAUGAAGCCGGACCACGUGAACAUCCUCUGGGACAGCAAGCAGGGCUUCACCAUCCGGACUCCCACCCUCAACUGCACUGGCUUCUACUUCUGCCAGAGCAUUAUUGAUGCUGUCACACACAACUCACAUAACUACUAUGUGCACAGAACAGUGACUGAGAUCAAACAAGUCAGCCUGAACAGCAGCGGAUCUGUGCGGGCCCUGAAGGGCGAGAGGCUGGUGCUGAACUGCACGGCCACGGCGGCGCUGAACACCAGAGUGAACAUCACCUGGGACUACCCCAAAAAGAAUAAGAACAUUGGCUCUAUUUCCAAGACACUCGUGAGGCACCCGACCCACUUGUUGUUCUACAGCAUUCUGAGCCUCCCGAGGCUCCAGCGUUCGGACCGAGGCCUCUACACCUGCCAAGUCUGCAGCGGCGACAACAGCAAACAGGCCAACGUCUCUGUUACCGUCUAUGACCGCCCGUUUAUUCGUUUGAAGCCCAGGCAUGGUUUGGUGAUGGAGGCGACGGCAGGAGAGAAAUCUUACAAAAUCACCCCUAAACUAAAAGCAUUUCCUGUCCCUCAAGUCGUCUGGUUGAAGGACGGCAAGGAUGCAGCGAAGCAAUGCUCCCGAUACCGCAUGGAGAACAGCUCCUUAGUCAUCCGGGAUGUUGCAGAGGAGGAUGCUGGGAAAUACACGGUCCUGGUACGAAUCCAGGAGCACGGCCUCUGUCAGAAUCUCACGUUCACACUUAAAGUCAAAGUGAGUCCUCAGAUAGGAGAAAAAGCAGCCUCCUUGCAAGACCCGGGCUCAGUUCCACGGGGGAGCAGACGAAGCCUGCACUGCACGUCCCAUGGAGUCCCUCCUCCACACAUCCAGUGGCGCUGGCAUCCCUGCUCAUCCAAUGGCCUGUGUGCGUGUCCGCCGUCCUCCCCGCUAUGGAGCCCGGUGACAGUGAGCGUCUCAGCCACAUCCACGCACAACCACAUCCUGAGUGUUACUCACCGACAGGAAGUUCUCCAGGGGAAGAACAAGACGGUGGGGGUCCUGACUGUGGCAGAGGCCGGCGUGUCUGGCGUCUAUCGCUGCGUCGCCUCCAACUCUGCAGGCACCGACCAGCUCGACGUCCACUUCUACGUCACAGACGUCCCAGGAGGCUUCAGCGUGAGCCAGCGGGAGGAGCCCAUCGAGGGCGCGGACCUCCGUCUCACCUGCGCCGCCAACAAGCACCUGUACGGCCAGAUGUCGUGGCAGCGGGUGAACGGCACGCGGGCCGGCCCGGCCCGGUGGCCUGCCCCCAGCGCCCAGCAGCUGCUAGCAGGGGAGUUCUCCAACUCCCUGGUGCUGUUGCUAAGCAACCUGACCACCGGAGACUCCGGGGCCUACCGAUGCUCCGCCCACCACCUCGUCACCAAGCAGGAGACACACCUGUACACACAUGUGGCGGUCACAGUUCUCAGGCCUCCGGUGCUGCUCGGUAAUUUGACGGACGCCACCGUCAACGUCAGCAGCUCCGUGACUCUCCGCUGUCCCUCCGACGGCGUCCCCGCCCCGAACGUCACGUGGUACAAAGACGAGCGCGCGCUGUCACCGGGCGCAGGUAUCGUCAUUUUACCGGACGCCGGGAGCCUCCAUAUUAACCGCAUCACCGCGGAGGACCAGGGGCUGUACACGUGCAAAGCCGCCAAUAAGAAGGGCUCUGCACAGAGCUCUGCCUACAUCUGGGUCAACGGCGUUCCAGAGGCUUCGUUUCUAGAAGUUCCCACUCUGACCUGCACCUGUGUGGUCGCAGCGCUCUUCUGGUUUUUGCUCACGCUCUUGAUACGUAAACUGAAACAGUCCAACACGUCACGCACCAAGCCGGAGUUCCUGUCCAUCAUUGUGGACACAGGCGACGGGCCUGUGGGGCAGCAGUGUGAGAGGCUGCACUAUGACCCCAGCCAGUGGGAGUUCCCUCGCGAGCGUCUCAAAUUAGGUAAACCCCUCGGCCGCGGUGCCUUUGGUAAAGUCAUGCAGGCAUCAGCGGUCGGUAUAAGCAACUCCACCAGCUGCAAGACGGUGGCUGUUAAGAUGCUGAAAGAGGGCGCCACCGUCAGCGAACACAAGGCUCUGAUGACUGAGCUGAAGAUCCUCAACCACAUUGGUCACCAUCUGAAUGUGGUGAACCUGCUGGGCGCCUGCACCAAGCCGGGAGGACCAUUGAUGGUAAUUGUGGAGUACUGUCGCUAUGGAAACCUCUCUAACUUCCUUAAAAGCAAGAGAGGGACGUUUCAGCACAACCAGUCAUUCAGAGGAAAGCAUGAGUGCCUGAGCAUGCAUGAUAGCCAGAGCCUCAUUACAGCAAACCUGAAGGAAGAGAAAGAGAAAGGCCUUCAUCCCAGCUCUGCUUCUAAUCCCACGUUGUUCCUGGAGGAUCUCAUUUCCUUCAGCUUUCAGGUGGCACGAGGAAUGGAGUUCCUGGCCUCGCGCAAGUGUAUUCACAGAGAUCUGGCAGCCAGAAACGUUCUGCUAUCUGACAAUAAAGUGGUGAAGAUCUGUGACUUCGGCCUGGCCAGAGACAUCUACAAGGAUCCGGAUUACGUCCGCAAAGGAGAUGCCCGCCUCCCUCUCAAGUGGAUGUCCCCCGAGUCCAUCUUUGACAAGGUGUUCACCACCCAGAGCGACGUGUGGUCCUACGGCAUUCUGCUGUGGGAGAUCUUCUCUUUGGGAGCUUCUCCGUACCCUGGCCUUCAGAUAGAUGAGGAGUUCUGCCACAGACUGAAGGGAGGGACGAGGAUGCGAGCACCAGAUUACAGCACUCCUGAGAUUUACAGCACAAUGCUGGCGUGCUGGGAGUCCAGCCCCUCGGACCGGCCCACCUUCACCAACCUGGUGGAGACGCUGGGAGACCUCCUGCAGGCCAGAGUCAAGCAGGAUGGGAAACAUUAUGUUCCUCUGGGAUCGUUCUUGGGCAGAGACGCCUUCAAAGAAAACCCGCUUGCAGUCACAAACUUCAGUUACAUGAGAGGAAUGGCUCCACUCCAGACGUUUGAGGAAGUGGCCUGGGAGGAAGCAGACAAUCGUGAUGAUGAGCAGAGUGACAGUGGCAUGGUCCUGCAGUCUGAGGAAAUGGAACACGUGGCCUGGAAAAACGGCAACAAGAGCAAGAAACUUAGCAGGUUCUUUGCUUUUAGGUGCCAGGACAACCAGGGGCCCCUUGUGUGCAGGGAUGACGAUCCGUCCAUCCUGCCUUGUGACUGGGAGUCUGACGAGGGCUCGCCUCCUCCAGAUUACAACUCUGCCUUCCUCUAUCCCUCCCUCUAGCACCUGCUCCUCUCCUUCUAUCACAGCUUCGCACAUGGUAAAUAGUAUUUACCUGCUUGCAUUUCUUAACCAUUCAAAAUAUAUUAUUUUUUUUACUGCUGCUUGGAUCCCCUACCUCAAUAUAAGAACUGAAUUUAGUUGACACUUAUGCAACACUUACAACAAAGCUUCUCUACAGUUAUUAGGGUUUAUCUCAUUUCCACAGAGCAGCUAAGUAUUACCUGACAGUACUUAUUCCAUGCAGUUAUGCAGAAUGUAUUUACCAACCUAUUGGAGGUUAUUAUACUGGUACCUCAUGCUUUGAGCUUUGUAAAGAAGGACACUGCUGUAGCUAUGAACUAACUGUUCCUCCUUCACUGUCACUAUAUGCUGGAAGAAAAGUUAAUACUCACUGAAUUAUAGGAGGUGUUAAACAGAAUGGAUCUAUUUAUAUGGUCAAUGAGUUUCUUUCCUUGAAUUCCAAUGUUAAAUUCAUUAAAACUGAGUUCAGAUUGUGCCGAAGUGUUACCAAGAUCACGAACACUUCUAAACAUAAGUCCUUGAGCCUGCAAGACCAUAAGGUUGAACAGAUGCAAGUAAUCAGAUCAGUGUGUUGAUUCCUAUAUGAAAGAUACUUUGUACUUUGUAAACCAUUAAUGUUUGAACAUUUCAAUAUGAAAUGAACAAACCCACCUACACACAUCUAAAGUGGAUCACAUCUAAAUUAAACCUCACUUUUUGUGAUCAGUGACAGAAGAAUGUAUAUAUGUAGCAAAAUGUAACUCAUGAACAUUAAUGUUCUUCUGCCAAGAUGUAAAUAAACUGGUUGUUACUACUAGUAAACAACAUCAUCAGU